CGGCAACGCACCACAACAUGAUGCUGGAUCCCGCCGUCCUCUCGUCGGCUUUCCCACAUCACCGUAUCCUCCACUACUGGUCCAAAGCCACCCUCUUUGCAAAUCCCGUCCUCUCCUACGUGCUCUACAGCUCUGGCAAUAUCCCUGUCGACCGAAAGUCCAAGGACAGACAAGUGCUGUUCAAGGGCACUUUCACCGAGCUUGCUAAGGGCAAUGCUGUCGCGCUCUUCCCAGAGGGCACGUCAUACACUGAGCCGCGGAUCAUGCAAGUUAAGGACGGCGCAUCGUAUGCGGCGCUUGAGUACACCAAGUGGGCGGCGGAGAACCCAGACAAGGUGAAGCAUCCCGGCGAGGUGGUCAUCGUCCCAGCGGCUAUCGUGUACACGAACAAGUCCAAGUAUCGGAGUAGUGUCGUCAUGGAGUUCGGUAGUCCGAUCCGGAUGGACGCAUAUAAGGAACAGUUUUUGUCCGGAACCGAGGGCUCGUCUCGCGCAGCUGCGAAGCGAUUGACGCGUGCUAUUGAGAAGGAGCUAGUUGAGGCGACGGUGAACGCCCCAGAUUGGGAUACUCUGUAUGCUGCUCGCAUGGCUCGUGAUCUUCUCUGGGAAGAAGAUAGUACUGUCAACAUGGACAAUUACGUCUCCAUUUGCCAAACCCUGGUCGACCUUUUCGCUACUGAAGACGCAACCCCUAAUUUCCGAUUCGUCCGCCAGCGCCUGCUGGAGUACUACUCCCUACUGCAAUACACGAACCUCACCAACUCUGUCCUCUCCUCGCUCCCUGUCCCUAAGAAUUUGGACCCUCGGCAUCCUGCACCUUUGCCUAGUCGCCUGCUCACGCUUUCGAUUCUCGUGCGCGACACACUCGCGAUCGCAAUACGGCUACCGUUCGUGUUUUUCCCGCUCAUCCUUCACGCGCCCGUAUACGUCAUGGGCCGGCUCGGUGCGCGACUCGUCGAGGACGAGGAGGAGACACAGGCGCAGAACAAGGUUGUGUUUGGACUGCUGUUGCUCCUGACAAUCUACCCAACAGUGUUUUGGGUGUUGUGGGCGACACUGUCGUAUACGACCACUGGAGCGCUUGUCUCGGGGCUGGUGGUCUGGUCAUUUUCGGUUUAUCAUACGAAGAUCAUUAAUGACAACUACUUCCACUUGAAGCGUAUGAUCGCAGCUUGGCGCGUUCUCGUCGGUGUCUGGGCGCCGAAACGCCUUGAAAUGUCCCUUGAAGGCCUUUCGCAAUACACAACGCCUCGCGUUCCCCCAGAAAGCCCCUGGGUCGACAGAGCGCGCAUCAGCCGCCCACCCACACCCUCUGCCGACAUCGCAUCCCCUCUGGCGUCGCCUCGGGCCCCGGCGCCUGUGCACGCACCGAACAGCACGAACAAGCACGGCUCGACGCUCGCGGUCCCGCAGACGCUUAACGUCAACACCGCCGACGAGCCGCCUGCCAAGGGUGUCGGCAAACGCGGGCGGCCAUCAUCACGCCGCAUCAUGCGGCACGUCCUUCGCGCGCGGGGCGAGGCUGCCAAGGCGCUCGCGGGGUGCCUCGGCGAGCUUCAGAACGCGCCUGCGGGCAAACGCGUGCGUGCCGCCCCGCAUCUCGCGCGUCUGUACGGUGGGUUCGUAGAGGAGCUUCCCGCGGCCAAUGUGGCGCCAAGCGAGGAUGUACAGGCUGAACAAGGGCCAGUCGUCGUCGGGUGGAGAGAGGCGAGGGAGGUGAUCGCGUUUUUGAGGAAGCACGGGGCAAAGAUUGCCGGUCUGGAUAGGGGGAUUGAGGCGGGGUGGGCGGCUGCGAUGAGCGACGACGAGGGGAAUGGGACGCCGACGGCGAGCGAGGCAGAGGACCUUGUGUGGAUUCCGUCCGGCGCUCAGGAGUAAGGUGGAUCUUUGGUUUUGGUUACGAACUAUGUCGUGGUUGAUGCGCGUUGGAUGCGUCGAUAGGUGCAUUCUUACGGAUCUUUACCAUUUAAUCAGUCUCGAUGGAUACUACUCAACGUCACGACAUAUAAUGAGC